GCGAAAGUCACUACACCAGCACGUUUUCCUUCGAAAACCCCUGAGUGUAUAUAAGACAAGCAAUAAAAAAGAACGAUACGUUUCAAAUUAUCGACUGUGUCGAAAGGACUAAAUUCGUGUGAACAUACCAAUUACAACAAAAAUGUCUGCUUCUCCUACUCAACCCACCCAGUCGGCCAAGCGCCCUUUGGAAGAAGCCUCCUCGCCUUCGCGCGCCGGUGAUCAGCCUGAUGCCAAGCGACCUACCCUUGAAAAGAUCAAACACGACGACGAUGAUGAUGUCGAGGUCCCUGAAGCUCCCGUCGACAUUCCUGCGGAUGACCACGACGAUAAGGUCAAUGGAGCCGCUAAGUCUGAAGACGACGAUGAUACUGCCCCGGAUCCAGCAUCCGACGCCAAAGCUGCGGCUGCCGCGACGGUUGCUGCUUCUUCGUCCAAUGCCGUGACGUCUGCUGCCGCCCACGAUGAGACCUCCUGGAUUCAUGUUCGCGCUGUCAUCUCUAGCCCGGAGGCCGCUACUGUUAUUGGAAAGGGAGGCGAGAACGUCUCCAACAUCAGGAAGCUCUCCAACGCCAAGUGCACUGUCAGUGACUACCAGAAGGGAGCUGUCGAACGUAUCCUUACUGUCAGCGGAAUAGUAGACGCUGUGGCCAAGGCUUUUGGUUUGAUCAUCCGAACAUUGAACAACGAACCCCUCAACGAACCUUCGACUGCAUCUUCGAAGACGUAUCCUCUCCGACUACUAAUUCCCCACAUCCUGAUCGGUUCCAUCAUCGGCAAGGGUGGUGCUCGUAUUCGCGAGAUCCAGGACGCUUCCGGCGCCCGCUUGAACGCGUCUGAUUCCUGUCUCCCCAUGUCGAGCGAGCGAUCUCUAGUCGUCAUGGGUGUCGCUGAUGCCGUCCACAUCGCAACAUACUAUGUUGGCAGCACCUUGCUCGAGCAGCUAAACGACAGGUUCGGAGGCCCCGCUGCAUCUGCGUACGCAACACGAAGCGGCGCCCCUGCUGGUUCGAUUCCAGGAGGUAUGCAGGUUGUCCCAUACUCGCCCCAGCCUUCUUCAGGACACUAUGGGCGAAGUGAAAACUACGGCCGCCACAACGACCGUCGCUCUCACCACAUGCCACCUGCGCCUUACCCUCAACAGUAUCCCCCUCACGCAGCCGCUCAAGCUAACCCUGCUAUGCCUAUGCAUUAUGGCGGUGCUCAAGGAGGAGGUGCAUAUGGUGCAGCUCCCCACGCUCAGCCUCAUAUGCCUCCUCACACAGGUCCCCAACCACACGGUGGUGCUCCUCAAGCUCAGCCCAUGGGCGGCGCGAUUCCCGGUGGGCCCAUUACCCAGCAGAUUUACAUUCCGAACGACAUGGUCGGUGCCAUUAUUGGCAAGGGUGGCCAGAAGAUCAACGAGAUACGACAAAUGAGCAACAGCGUGAUUAAGAUUAACGAACCGCAAGAUAACAGUAACGAACGACUUGUGACUAUCACCGGCACGGAGGAAUGCAACCGCAUGGCCCUUUACAUGCUUUACUCUCGACUUGGUGAGGUCCAAAACAAAUCCAGCACCAAUUAAGCUUCUAACCUUUGCAACUUAACAGAAUCGGAAAAACACCGCGUUUAAUUAGUCCUCCGGCGGCAAUGCGACAACCUUCGAGCGGGCUACGGAAUACGAUGAAUACAGUGUUGUUUACUAGGAUGUUAAGAAGUUAAAAGGAGGAUGCAGUGUGUUCUGUCUUUGCAAGAAAAGGCAGUAUCGGAGAAGUAAACGGCUCCAGUGACGGGUUUGAGAAGUCGCCAACAAUUCGAUGCCGGUCCACAGCCCUGCCGGACUGCGAUUCAGAGUAGGGAUGAGGGGUCAUCGGAUGGUUGAGCGGCAUAGAAAUGGUGUCAAAGGAUGGGUUCGCAUUUCAUCGGGACGAAAAGGGAAACAAGACGGGGCUGUUUGACAAGGAGUGGCAGCUUUCAAAGUUCUUGAUUUCAAAGGCGUAUUCUCAGUUUUAUUUUUGUUCCUUACUUA